CCGAACAACGAUUGGAAAAAGGCCCGCAAGAAAGCCCGCAAAGGCAAAACAAAUAUCCAAAGCUGCAGCCAAAUAACAAUUCAGAAGAUGUAUAAUUCUCCUAACGAUAGCAACAACAAUACUAAUCAGUCGUGGAUGAUGUACAAUUCUGCUCCGCCGCACCCUCCUGUGGUGACGUGGACUAAGUACGAGGACAAGUUAUUCGAGCAGGCGCUGGUUGGGUUCCCGGAGGACCUUCCCAACCGGUGGCAGAAGAUCGCCGACAGGGUUCCCGGUAAAACGGCCGAAGAUGUGAGGGUCCACUAUGAGGCUCUGGUUCAUGAUGUAGGGGAGAUUGAGGCCGGACGAGUUGAGCUGCCCAAUUAUGCUGAUGAAGACGAGUUUUUCGGGUGGGGGGAGCCCCUGCAGCCGCCGCCUGAGUCGAGAACCCCUAAUCAGAUCUCUUUUGGGGCGUCUGGUAAAGCCAAGCAUGGUGAUGGCGAGCGUAAGAAAGGCACCCCCUGGACUGAGGAAGAACACAGGUUGUUUCUGAUCGGCCUUGAUAGGUAUGGUAGAGGUGAUUGGAGAAGCAUAUCAAGAAAUGUGGUGGUGACGAGAACGCCCACGCAAGUAGCCAGUCAUGCCCAGAAAUACUACCUUCGCCAGACUUCUGGCAAGAAGGAGAGGAAGAGAUCCAGUAUCCAUGACAUAACCACCCCUUUGGAGAGUAAAACAGUUGCCCCUCCAAGCAAUUUUCCUAAUCAAGCAGGGUACCAAAACUUCAGCUUUCCCGAGCAAAGAUGAGCAGGAGGAACUCCAUAUACAAUCGUUCUCUGUACAUAUAGUGCAUGGUUGCCUAGAAAUUUGACAGUCCUGACCUGUAAAGUUUAAUUCUUUGAUAGAGGGAUAGAUCAGGGUAUAUUUUGGCGUAGGUUUUUUCUUUUUCAUCCUCCUGGAAACUGAUGGUUGUAUAUGGAGUGUUCAUAGUUGGGGUUAGAUAUGGACGUUUUGGCAUGAAACCAAUGGUAGUUGAUAGCUAAUGGUAGUUUGAUCCUAGAACUUACCUAUGCCUUUAAAUUGGCGACUUGACCUGGCAAUACAGGAGAAAUAAUACGUUUCGUUCCUUUCACCCUUU